ACAUUAAAACACAACACAGUUUUGACGACGAGGAUAUAAGGUAAACGUGUGAAACCUCUCUCUCUAAUCAGUCGUGCGUUUUGAUCAACGUCGGAUCAAAUCGUUAUCAGUCGGUCAGUCAGUCGAUCUCGUGUCUGAGAUAAGUGCGGUGUAGUGUUGUGUUAGUGUGCAGAGGCAACUUAGGAUGCCCAACGGGGAAGAGCCAAAGCCGUCAACGUCAGGCUUAGGGCAUAUGAAAAUGGCAAUGCCAAUGUUUGGCCACAUGGAACCGUUCGUCGUUGGUGAAAAUUUCGACGAAUAUGAAAAUCGCCUGCAGCAGUUCUUCAUCGUGAACGACGUAGAAGAAAGUAAAAAAGUGCCAGUGCUGGUUACAAUGGCGGGUCCAUCAUUAUAUUCCAUGGCAUCACGAAUAUGUUCGCCAGAUGAUCCGUGUUCUAAAUCAUAUAAGGACCUGAUCAAGCUGUUGAAACAGCACUUAGCCCCAAAAGUUAACGUGGUGGCAGAGCGAUACAAGUAUCGCAAAUGCGAACAAGCGAUAGGUCAAACAAUAACGGAGUUUAUUAUCGAACUAAAAGCGUCCUCACAAUCUUGUGAUUUUGGAACGUUUUUGCAACAAGCGCUACGCGAUCAAUUCGUAGCAGGGGAGAUUGGCAGAAGCUGGGAAGCGGCGGAGCACGAGUGUAAGGAGAUGCAGGGAGCAUCAAAACUGGCAACGCUAAAACCACGCACAGCUUGGAAGCCGUCAGAGAAAAUGCCAGCUAAACAAAAUAGAAACGGGCCAACGCAUGCGGGAUCUAAGCCUUCAUCGGAACGCGACAAAAACUGUUUUCGAUGUGGUAGGGCUCACAACCCAGAAUCUUGUCCUGCCAAACAAUGGACGUGUUACGCAUGCGGAAAGGUUGGUCAUGUGUCAUCGUUGUGUCGGUCAAAAAACAAAAAAAAACUAGUGGCGGAGCUCGUGGACGCUACGGAGCAGAUGAACCUGAACCAGUUGAAAGAUGCUGACGAUACAUCGAAACCAACAACGUGCCAGAACGAGAAGUUCACCAGUACGAUUUGCAGUGCCAGCGGUGCGAGUUCAACGCGCACAGAUGUACCAGCGACAAUGGAGCUGCAAAUUGAAGGUGUGAUGGUGUGUUUCGAGGUGGACACCGGCGCGUGCGAAUCGGUGAUAUCGAGAGAGACGUACGAGGAGAAACUCUCUCACAUGCAGUUGCGGAAGACGACAAAGGUGUUUCAAACGGUGUCAGGGCAAACUAUUCGUCCGAUAGGAGAGCUUCUAGUACAAGUGAGGAACAGAUAUCAUCAUGCCAGAAUGGAGAAAACUGGUAAGUCUCAAUUUUUCGUCUAUUGA